AUAAAUGCAGGCUUGGUGAGCAGAAGAGAUUGCUAUAUACAGAGAGAGGAAUAUAUUUAUAAGAGAAUAUAUCUAAAUUUCACUGUCAAUUAAAACAAAGCUCAGUGACACAACGGGCCACUAAAUGAACACCAGUUGAGGCUCCCUUACUGCACUGCAGAGAAUCACAUCCAAAAAUUCGGGGAAGGUCACGUUUGGCGAGGCAGGAUGUGUUUGUACUGCGCAAAACCUCAAGUCUGGAUUUAAGCCUGACGUCAGGGGUGGCCAAUAGCGCUUCUGAGGACAGUAAUACAGCACUGAUCAUUGAGCAGCAAAUCUUACUAGCUGAAAUGGCUUUCUGUUGAAACAUAAUGCAGACUUCCAACAGGGGGCGCCUGGCGGUUCAGAGAGCUUAAUACUCCAUUGAGCUUCAUUCAAAUCUAAGUACGUUUUUAUUGUUUUACUGGAGAUCUUUGUAUACCUAAACUAUAGUAUUUUAACCGUAUUGAGUAGAAAGAUUGGUACAUGAUAUAUAAAUGCAAAUCCGUGAAAGCAAUCGAUUUUUAAAAAUCAUUAUCGUCGACCCGCAAACGACUGUGAUUGGUCUAUCCUCAUCAGCGCAGAGAAAAGUAACAGUUGACACAUGCGUGUGCUACUUUAGCAGGCGUGUUUACCAUAGUAAUGUUGACAGAAAAGUAAAGAAAUAGUAAUUGGAAGUGAUAUAAUAUUAAUAAACAUAAAAGGAAACUUGUUAUAACCGUUAUUUUUAGAAAAUGUCAUGUUUUUUAAAUAUGCAUCUAAUUACAUAUUAAUUAGAAGCAACAUCCGGGCCUCUAAGCCACGCCCAUUUACAGAAUGCGCUUAAUACCCACUGCCGUUCUAUUUUCUUAUUCUGUUUCUACAUCACUGAUACGCAUCUGCAUCCCAUCGCUCAAGCGCUCGGAGAACAGAGGAUACAGGGAUGGUGAUGAUAAACAUGCCGAGAAACUGUGUCAUAUAGACAGCACCUCACUCCGCUUCGCAACUUAGCCAAGGAUGCCGACCACGGAGGCAGAGACAGCCUUAUAAUAGGGCUACAGUCUGCAGGACGCAAAAAGCAGCUUGUGUCUGCAGACAAAACAACGAGGGAGUCUGUGCGGAGCUUACAGGGCAUUAAGAGCACCAACUAAUCCUGUGCAUAGCCAAAAAUAUAAAAGCGAAGAGCAAAAAACGGGUCUUUGCGUGAAGAAGGAGAUGUUCGGGCAAAAGGAGACGCAGCAGCAGUAGGUUUGCAAUCGUUUAGUGUUAUUUCAAUUCAUAGCUAGUGGAAAUGGGAGCUUUGACAAGCCGACAGAAUGCAGGAGUGGAGGAGGUCGAUAUACCAUCCAAUUCUGUUUACAGAUACCCACCUAAAUCCGGAAGUUAUUUUGCUAGCCAUUUUAUUAUGGGAGGAGAAAAGUUUGACUCAACUCAUCCUGAAGGCUACCUCUUUGGUGAAAAUACUGACCUCAACUUCCUAGGCAACAGACCAGUUGUGUUCCCGUACAAUGCUCCCCCUCCACAUGAGCCAGUCAAGACUCUCCGCAGUCUCAUCAACAUCCGUAAAGACACUCUGCGACUUGUCAGAUGUAGUGAAGACAUGAAGCUGCCUGGACAGGAAGUUGGGAAAAGCCACAGCUGCUAUAAUAUUGAGUUUACCUUUGAUGCCGACACACAAGUUGCCAUCACUAUAUACUACCAAGCCAUUGAAGAGUUUCACAAUGGUGUGCCAAUAUACUUGCCGCAGGACAGCUCUCUGCAGUCAGAGACGGUGCAUUUCAAACGUGGCGUCUGCCAACAGUUCUGUCUGCCCUCUCAUUACGUCAACUUAUCAGAGUGGGCAGAUGAGGAGCUUUUGUUUGACAUGGAUAAAGACAUCUACCCCAUGGUUGUACAAGCAGUAGUGGACGAGGGAGAUGAGCAUUUAGGACACUCCCAUGUUCUUCUUGCAACCUUUGAGAAGCAUAUGGAUGGAAGUUACUGUGUAAAACCUUUGAAACAGAAACAAGUGGUGGAUGGUGUCAGUUACCUGUUGCAAGAGAUCUACGGUAUAGAGAACAAAUACAACAGUCAAGAAUCAAAGGUGGCUGAAGAUGAGAUUAGCGACAACAGCGCUGAAUGUGUGGUGUGUUUGUCGGACGUGCGGGACACACUUAUCCUGCCCUGCAGACACCUGUGCCUGUGCAACGCCUGCGCAGACACACUGCGCUACCAGGCCAACUGUUGCCCCAUCUGUCGACUGCCGUUUCGUGCCCUCCUUCAAAUUCGAGCGAUGAGGAAAAAACUGAGCCCACUCACACCUACUGGAUUCAACCCUGUCAUCACCUCACAGACGUCAGAUUCAGAGGAGCACUCGGCAUCAGAGCACAUCCCACCAGGCUAUGAAGCUGUGUCCCUGUUGGAGGCCUUGAACGGGCCCCUGAACCCGUCGCCAUCUGCUCCGCCACUUCAGGGCCUCACCAGGGGCCAUGUUUCUGGAUCUACGCCCACAUAUGGCAGUGAUAGCCACCACACGCCCGCGCGCUCGCUCUCUCCGCUAGAACACUCUGUCAACUCCAGCCAGAAUGUGAAACACAAGAAGACUGGCUCCAAAUCCCUCUCCCAGAAUUCUUCAGUGCUGCCUGAGGAGGAGGACGAGAAGUCAUGCAGUGAGUCUGAAGUGCAAACGUGUAGGAGAAAACUGCAUGUCGAACAGCAAGAGUCUGGAGUGACCCCUGAAAGUGACAACAUCACCCUGUCAUCCUCAGGGGCCAUAGAUCAGUCCUCCUGCAAUGGGACCCCUCUCUCAUCCACAAUCACCUCCCCAGAGGACCCGGUAAGCAGCAGCUUGGCCCAGUCUGUGAUGUCAAUGGCGUCCUCUCAUAGCCAGCACUCUCAGAUUAGCACCGACACACUCUCUUCAAUGUCCGGAUCCUACAUGGCUGGUGCCGAGGGAGAGGAGGCCGCAGAGACCCCAGCAGAGAGCCGAGCACCUUCCCAACAUGAGGGUGAGGAAAUCCCCAACGAGGCAAAAGGGCACAACUUUGUGGCUGCCAUUCUUGAAGAACAGGAUUCGGAGGGAAAUGACGUGACUGAGGAAGAUUGUGCAUCUCCCACCAAAGAACAUGGUGGGCGCAGGAGGAGCGAGGUGCCUUGUCCAGAGUUUGACAAUAACAAUCAGGGGCAGUCUGACACCCACUGUAUGACAGGCCUGGACAAUGAGCAGCCUCCUGACGGCCGAUUCGCUGGUCUGUUAUACCUCGACGUCUAUCGUCACGGACGGGAUCCUCACCAUGCGUCCACCAGCAACAUUAACCUUGAGGAGCAAGGGGUCACCAAUGAGGCGUCAAACCCCAAGAAUAAAUCUCAUCGUGGACCCCUAGUUGUGUGAAAUCCUCAAUCCUCCCAGUCACAGACCAAUCCUCCAAUCCUGAGAGGGAUAUCUGCCUCUUUCUUCAUGCCACCUCCACCCAAACUCGUGCCCACACCAAUUACUCAUGGAUCAAAUCCUAAAUGCAAACCAGGGAGAAUUGACUGUGUGGUAUCUCUUCUCCAUUGUGAUAGAUGUCAUGUUUUUAGCGCUCUUUUGGUGUUGAUACUUGUGUAAAGCACCACGUUUACACCAACGCUUCACCCCCUCAUGUGUACAAAUGAAGAGAUGACUCAAGCAGGCUCUCCUGAUAAAAGACUGGAAAAUGAGGACAUGAUGAAGACUCCAACCUCUGAUCCAAGCUUAGUUUCUGUUUUUCAGUCAAAUUUCGUGUCAAGGCUGUGCGACUAUGCUUUUUAAAAAUAAUAAUCAAAUCCUGCUGAUCUGAAUCAACAUCCUUUGGGAUUUUCCUCAGUAAUGUCACUGAACAUUUGAAUAUUUCAACUUGUACUAUUGAAAAUCUGCCCAAGAUAGAUGUAAAAGAGCAUCAUAACAAUCAGUCAUGAAAUUAACUUUAGAGCAAUAACACAUUUGCUCACGUUUCUGCCCUUGUCAGUUUGCUGCAGCUCACUUUGAGCUCUACGUACAGCCCUGCAUGUUACAAAGACACAAAGCUACUGAGCUGCCUAACUUGCGUUACACAUCUGGCCACGGAGACGCUACUGAACUGCUUACUACCAAGCAUUUCGAACACUUUGUAUAGGAAAUGGAAAUGUUGGGGAAAACUUGGCCGUGACGUCCACAUCCGUGGUCGUAACUCAGAAUGCUACUGGUAUGUUAAAUGUCAUAAAGCUACUGUCAAGCUUUUUGUGUGCUGUUUAAAAAAAACUAAUGUGUUCAUGUUCACAUCUGAAGUACAGUCUAGCAUAAGCUACAGUUAGUCAGUUUAUAUCCAAGACUUGAAGCAAAGCUGAAGUAGCUCUACAGAGUUGUGUUGUUGGAGCACUAUGCCAGGUACAUUGGUAUACGAGUGAUUUUUGUAAUGUAUUCCUUUUGAAAAGUGUUGCACUUUCCUAUAGGGUUCUUUAAAUGAAAGUGUUUACUGAGCUCCAACAGUCAUUAUUGCAGUGAAAAUGAAGGUGAGACUUUAAAAAGUGUGCCACUAACUUGAAAAACAAUCAACAACUUUUAGUUUCUCGACAGUUCUGCCAAACCAAAUUCAUAGUGUUUAAACUUGCACUUUGUUUUUAACAGUGGUACGUUAGUGGUUGUUUUACUUAACAGAAAUCUUCUACUGACCUAUGGGUUCUCUUAGGUCACCAAAAAGAAAAUUCCCAAAAUAACAUUGGACCCCGCUGACUUUGAUUGUGUUCCACAGAAGAAACCUUACAGGUUUGAGACGACAUUUAAAGGAUUUGUUCACUCCAUAAAUUAAAAUUUCCUGAUAAUUUACUCACCCGUAUAUCAUUUGAGAUGUUUGUGUCCUUCUUCAGUCGAAAAGAAAUUACGUUUUUGAGGAAAACAUUCCAGGAUUUUUCUCCAUAUAGUGGACUUCAAUGGAGAUCAGCAGGUUGAUCAAGGUCCAAAUUGCAGUUUCAAUGCAGCUUCAAACGGCUCCCAACUGAGGAGUAAGGGUCUUGUCUAGCAAAACGAUGGGUCAUUUUUCUAAAAAAAUUAAAAAUUGAUAUACUUUUUAACCACAAAUGCUCAUCUUGCACUAGCUCUGCAUCCACAACAUGUAGGUGGAAGCACCAAGCCAGUGUUUACAAAGAGAAUGUGCAAAGAAUGUGUCAAACGCCCUUUACAAAAAAGGUAAAACAAUGAUGUUGGACGAUUUUGAAGUUGGAGGAGAAAAUGAAAUUUUGAGUUUUUCACCCCACCCUACAUUUCUGAAUCAAAACGCACAGACGAAGAUCUAACCACACGUGACUUUUCCAACUGAUUACACAGUGUGUUUAAGGAGAAGUCUACUUCCAGAACAAAAAUUUACAGAUAAUGUACUCACCCCCUUGUCAUCCAAGAUGUUCAUGUCUUUCUUUCCUCAGUUGUAAAGAAAUUAUGUUUUUGGAUGAAAACAUUUCAGCAUUUUUCUCCAUAUAAUGGACUGAUAUGGUGUCCUGAGUUUGAACUUCCAAAAUGCAGUUUAAAUACGGUUUCAAACGAUCCCAAAUGCGGUUGUAAACGAUCCCAGCCGAGAAAGAAGGGUCUUAUUUAUCGAAACAAUCUGUUAUUUUCAUUAAAAAAAAUACAAUAUAUUGUAUGACAAGGGGGUGAGUACAUUAUCUGUAAAUAUUUGUUCUGGAAGUGGACUUCUCGUUUAAGAGAGUAUAAAUUUCUACUUUUUUUUUCACUAUAUGGAGAAAAAUCCCCAGAAUUUCGACUGAAGAAAGAAAGACGUGAACAUCAUGGAUGACAUGGAGGUGAGUGAACUAAUCCUUUAAGGUGGGUAAAUGAAAAAUUUUUUUUUUUUUUUUUUGGUGUACUAUCCUUUUACGAUCAUUUCCACAAUUCCUUCAUUUUCUUGUUUUGUUAGCACUUGUCUGGACUUUCUGAAUGAAGAAGGAUUCACAGUACAAUCAAAUAGUGAUUAUUACUCUUCUAUAACUCUUAAAAUGUAUUGUACUUUGAGAACCAACGAAGCUUUUCCUUUGUGUGGAAAAUGUUUAUUUUUUAUUUUUUUAUGUUAGCUUAGCUCUUGUUAUCGUUGUAAUAGUCUGUUCGAUGUGUUGUUUACUGUAGUAUAUGAAUGGUGUGAAAUUUCUCCAAACGGGAUUGUAUACAUCACACAUGCACUAGUAGAUUUUCCCUUGACAGCAGAUAAUGCGGUGCAUGUGGUAAGCGCAUGGUAGUUGCAGUCAGAAAAUAGAAAUCCUCCACCUUUACAUUUGCACUAUACGUCUAGCCCUUCCGCACUGAGCUUGCACACUGUGUAAGCAACAGGUACCGAGUCACAAGACAAAGCAAUACAGCUGCAUAAUAGCACGUUGUUGUCUGCAGGCAAUACAGAUAAACUUAGCCAUGCAUUGAAUGUUUUACAGCAGAAUGUCACAUUUACCUGCAGAGAUAAACAUCUGUGGAGUAACAUGCGUAAA